AUGCAGAAGCUUAUUAAUGAAAAAAAGCUACCAUUUGUUAUUGUAUAUUAUUCACUAAUUUCUUUUGAUAAAAUUUUGUUCAAUAUGACUGCGAAAAAGGGAAUACUGGAACGCCUCGCCGAAGGUCCAGUCAUUGGCGAUGGUAGUAUGAUUUUUACUUUGGAAAGGCGAGGCUAUGUAAAAGCUGGACCGUGGACGCCAGAAGCUACAGUGGAAUAUCCCGAUGCUGUUCUUCAGCUUCAUCGUGAAUUUGUAAGAGCAGGAGCAGAUGUUGUACAAACAUGUACUUUCUAUGCCAGUGAUGGAAAACUCACUUUUGCAAAAGAUAAAAAUGAGAUCACGCACACGAGUGUUGAACUGAAUGAUGCGGCUUGCAAACUAGCGAGGAAAGCCGCAGAUGAGAAUGGCUGUCUUGUAUGUGGUGGAAUAUCUCCAGUGCCUGCCUUUGCUCAGAAGAAAGAUGAAUCAAUCGUCUGCAGAGAAUUUAGCAAGCAGAUAGAAGUCUACAGAAAACACGAUGUAGAUUUUGUUAUGUGCGAAUUUUUCAACGACAUUUGUGAAGUUGAAAUAUGUGCCAGUGAAAUGAAGAAAUUAAAGAAGCCGUUCGCGUUAUCAAUGAGAUUAGGUGUGAUGGGUGAUGUUAACGGAGUAUCAGUUGAAGAAUGUGCGAUAAGAAUGGCAAAAACAGGAGCAGAUAUAAUAGGAAACAAUUGCGCUUAUGAUGUUAAUACCAGUCUGAAGGUGAUAAAACGAGUGAAAGAAGCAUUAGAGAAAGAAGACUUACAUCCAUAUUUGUUGUGCCAGCCAUUGGGAAUGCAUUGUCCAGAAACGGAAAAAAGUCCAAUGGGAUAUAUCUCUCUACCCGAGUUUCCUUUUGCUUUAGAUCCUCGUGUUAUGACUAGAAUAGAGGUUCAUGAGUUUGCCAGGGAAGCGUGGAAACACGGAGUCAGAUAUAUUGGUGGUUGCUGUGGAUUCGAACCUCAUCUUAUAGCAGCAAUAUCACAAGAGUUGGCUCCAGAACGAGGAGGAAAACAAGCACCCGGAAGUGAUAUGAUGCAAGCGUUUGGUGGGGAAUUUUUUAAGAAGAGUGCAGUUUCAAAUAUUGCUUCCGGAAAACAGUCGUCAAGGGAAUAUUGGUGUGGACUGAAAGCUGGUACUGGCAGACCUUACAACCCACCCCUUUCACAAAUAUUGGAUAAUAACUUUCAGUACGAUAAGGAUAAUUGAACAGAAAGCUCAAAUAUGCUUGGCUAUUGGUUUAUGUAUGAUUGUAUUUUUUGUACAAUAUGAUUUAACAGAAAUGGACAAUAAUGGUUAAGAGUGAGAGCUUCAAAUAUGAACGUAGAAUGUGUGAUAUUCAAUUGAGUUAAUUAUGGAUAGCAUGCGCAUUAUAAAAUAAAGCAUCGCGUUUUAACUUG